AUGUCAAGCUCUAAUACAAAUGUAUCUAUCUCAUCUUUGUUGGACUCGGGUCCCGAUGAUGCUACAAUACAAGCUAGCAAGCAAGGUGAUGAACAAUUAAAAAGGUCAGAAUCUCCGGUAGCGGUACCUUUGCAAACAUAUGUAUCUCAAUUUCAAACGUCAAUUAAUAUAUCGCCCUCUCCUCCUGCUAGAAAGAGUAAUCCAGUGAUUUCGGAAGAUGAGAUACCACACGCAACGGCUUCUUUGGCAAAUGGCGUGAAAUCGGAUGUUAUACUUUUAAGUGAAAAUGAAGAUCUACCGGGUUUGGGUCCUGCUAGAAGACGACAAAGUACAAAGAAAUCUGUUAACAAUGAAGAAAAUACAGCAAGUAAAAAGACUAAAAAGCCUAUAGCAAUCAAGCCAUCUCCUGGAUUGCCAUUUUUGGCCCCAAAACCAAUUCAUGUCAGACCUGUUUCUCCAAUUCAAAGUUCUAACAAGGACGCCGAUACGUCAUCCUUUGUUGCUAGUGACCAUAUAAAGCGGUUCCAAACUAGCUUUCAAAUCUCACCUGAGACAAAAUCUAGUAUGUUGGAUCAAAGUAGAACUUCAAUCAAUUCUAUUAUUAAUAUUGAAGAUAGUCCUGAAGUAAUUUCUGUUGAAUCUGAGCCCCAGAAGAAAACAAGUUUAAAGAGAGUAAAGGAUGAUGUGAACUCGUCGAAUAAAAAAAAGAAAACUUCUAAGAUCUCGGAGCUGAAACUGAAGAAUGAAUUGGGCUCCUCCAAAGGCACUGCUCCAAGUGAAGGUAGUGAACCUAAGAAAAAGAGAACAUCGAAACCUAAGUUGGAUUCUAAGGGAGAAAAUAAAAAAGUCACGAAAAGUAAAAAGAAAACUUCUGAUGCAGGGGGUAGGUCUUUUACAUCAUCUUUUACUAAUUCCUUGUCUGACACAUCGAAUAAAGUAUAUCCUACUGUUACUGCCGAAAAGACGAGUUCGUCGAAAGGCGAAAAAGUAACACCUCCGAUAUCUUCUAUAGUCGAGAUUAAAGAUUCUAAUGAAAAGCCUGACUUUGGAGUAGAGCACGAUAUACCAGAUAAGCCUGAAGAAUAUGGUCCGAAAUCGGCUACAUCUAAUGACGGCUUGAAGGAGAAUAAAGAAGCGAUGGAAAAAGACAAAGAAAAAGACAAGGAAAAAGACAAGGAAAAAGACAAGGAAAAAGACAAGGAAAAAGAGAAAGAAAAGGAAAGAGAGAAAGAAAAGGAAAGAGAGAAAGAAAAGGAAAGAGAGAAAGUCAAGGAGAAAGAGAAACCUAAGAUGCCCAUAAUAGCUCUAAAUGUGCCUUUGAUUGAUCCUAAAAAUCCAUUGCCAGGACAAUCAGAAGUUGUAGUUAAUGUAUUAAAGCUUGCAGAAGAUAAAUAUGGAUGGUCAGUAAUACAUCCAAAUGCGAAAUCUGCGAUUGACAUUAUGGAUGACCUUAUAGACGAGGAUGAUGAUGGUGUUGAUGAUGAAGAUGAUGACGAGCUUUUAGUUGAUGAAGAAAAGAGCUCUAAGAAGAGAAAAGAUGGGGAAGAGUUAACAGAGGAGCAAUUAGUUCAUAUGCAUGAAGUGAAAAUGAAUAGAAAAGUGGGUAAAUAUGACUAUGAAGAUCCGUUUAUUGAUGAUGAAGAAUUACAAAUGGAGGAAGAAAUAGCAUCUACUAAGGAAGGAUUUUUCGUAUACUGGGGACCGUUAGUUGAUGAUAGAAAUUUAGCGGGUUCUUCUAAAAAGGGGACAUCAAAAUCAAAAAAAUGA